AUGCUCCCUACUUUCUUCAUCCAACAAUUGAAAAUUACUGCGCUCACAUUCAAUUCCAUAUUUGCGUUAAUUUCGAUUUUUUCAUUAUUGAUUGCUGUAUUCUCAUGGUUUUCACCUCCAAUCGCGGGAAUUUCUCCUAAUCCUGUUGCGGAUCAUCAUCAGUAUUCACUUGCCGUGUUUUUUGUUGGCGCAACGAGUAUUUCAAUAUUUUUAUUAUCGGUACUCGGAAUUGUAUCAUUGAUAUUGUGUAGCUCAUUUUGUAUGUUUCUGUACAUAGUGAUGUUGCUGGUACAAAUAUUUGUUCAGCUUAGUCUGUCAGCUUUCGCUCUUGCCAAUCAACAUAAGAUACAUGCAACCCUAAUAUCUCAGUGGCGUUCUGGAUCAGAGGAAAGCUUUAGCGGUGAUUGCGGUAGCGAUGCUAUUUGUAGUAAUCAUUUAGUGUUGUUCAGUCAAGUUGAACGAAUCAUUUUCAUAUCACUAUUGGUAUUUUUUUCAUUUCAGGUCUUACUAUUAUUCAUUAGCUGUUGCUACUGUAAUUAUUUAUCUGAAAAGGAACAAUGCGAAACGAUUGAGAAAGAUAACGCCAACAGCAAUUGA